AAAAGAAAAAAGAAAAUGGAGUUUCGAAGGUCAGGAGAGUGCUUUGCUGAAGGGGCUUGUAACGACUAUGAUGCUGUAGUAAUCGGGUCUGGAUAUGGAGGCUCUGUUGCUGCUUGUCGGCUAGCUAUGGGUGGUCUGAGAGUAUGCCUACUUGAAAAAGGGAGGAAAUGGGAAGCUCAAGAUUUCCCGACUGACACUUCCCAAAUGCUGUCUGCCGUCAGGAUAGAGCACAGGACAUUUGGAGUCAGCUUUGGCCCUAAGGAUGCUCUUUAUCAGGUUUGUAGACAUGAUGAUUCUGUAGCUGCAAUGGCCUGUGGGCUUGGUGGAGGUUCACUGGUGAAUGCAGGAGUAGUGGUGCCAACACCAGCUCGCACAAGAAGGAACCCGAAAUGGCCUAAAGAUUGGGAAAAAGAUUGGGAGGUUUGUGAAGCAUUAGCUUCUACAAUGCUACGAAUACAAGAUGUUCCCAUCAAGUUCAGGAAUGCGAAAAUCAUGGAUGAAGCAGUAGGAGAAGAGACUGGCUUUAAAAAUCCCGAGCCAUUGAAGUUAACUGUGAAUUUUGAUACAGAAGACCAAAUGUAUAGCUCAAAAAAGCUUGGGAAGGCUGAUUCCUGCCAGGCUUGUGGAAAUUGUAUGUCUGGUUGUCCCUAUAAUGCGAAAAAUUCUACAGAUAAAACUUACUUGUUGUCAGCCAUACAGGCAGGAUGCGAUAUUAGAACGGCAUGUGAAGUGCAAUAUGUAUUCAGAAAUCUAGACGAUACUUCUGAAGUAGAUGAAGCAAUAUGCAGAAGAAAGAGUCGCAGAUGGCUAGUAUUUCUUAAUGAAUUUGAAUGCAUGGCAUCAGAUUUUGUUGUACUCUCAGCUGGAGUGUUUGGCACUACAAAGAUACUUUUCCAAUCACAAAUGAGAGGCCUGAUCCUUUCCAAGAAGCUGGGCUGUGGAUUGAGCUGCAAUGGUAAUAAUGUUGCUUAUCUUUCACGAAGUAGAGCUCCCUUAAAUGCUUGUGGCUUGGACAGAAAGAAGCUAUCAGAGGUACCUUUUGAAGAACGUCCAGGGCCAUCCAUUACUUCAUCAUAUAUUUCGUCAUUGGGUUUCACAAUUCAGAGUGCUGUAAUUCCCAUUGCUUUUCCCUGGCUACUUUUUAAAGGGAUUACAACAUAUGGAUGGCCAAUUGGCUAUAGUAUUUUAGAUAGCAUAGUGCACAAGGUGAAGCAUCUUUUCGGUCAACCCAGCCAAGACAUGGUUCUCAACGUAAUUGGGUACGAUAAUGGUGAUGGGAAACUUACAUUUCGGAAGGACGCUAAUGAGAUUUGCUUUCAACCACCAAGUGACCCUUUAUUAGCGAGAAAAAUUGAAGCGUUGCAGAGAAUAACGAAGAAGUUGGGUGGAAUUCUCUUCAUGUCAAGGUAUAGAAGCACAUCCGUUCACCUACUUGGAGGAUGUUGCUCUUCAUCGGAUGCUUCAUCUGGUGUUUGCAACAGCAAUGGUCAAGUUUUUGACACAUUAAAUCUGACAACAGUGUACCCCGGGCUGUACGUUUGUGAUGGCUCCUUAAUACCUUGCUCGGUUGGCAUAAACCCAUGUCUCACCAUUGCUACAGCUGCUGAGCAUGUAAGCAAGCACCUCCUGCAGGAUGCUCUUGACUACAAAAGCAAAGAUGUAGACUUUGUGGUUUGCCCUGUGCUGCUUACCUGA